AAAGCCCAGCGAGAAGCUAGAAAAGGAGAGGAACUUAAAAAGGAGUUGAGUCAAGCAAAGAGCGAUUUAGAAAAUAGAACUGCUAAACUGCAGACAAAAGCAGGUAAUCUUCAAAGUGCACAGGAAGACAUCACAAAACUUGACCAGCAACUCAAGGAACAGAGGGUAAAUUUUUUAAGAGUUUUUAUUCAAUUUUCAUUGGUCAUAAAACGUUCAUGUCAAUAUUCGCGUGAUAAAAAAAACUUUUAGGCUUACCUUGGUCAUGGAUACUUCUUUAAUUAGAGAGGAAUAGCUUUCAAGUGUUGAUGAUCAUAUAUGAUUUAUUUCAGAUACUGAACGAAAAAGCUAUGGAGUAUACAGAUUUGUAGAAUGCUCGCCUAAACAAAGUCCAGCAAGAUUUUGAUCAGCAACUUCUCAGCAUUGAUCGGCUGGCCACGGAAAACUCACAGAAAGCUGCCGAGUUGGAGGCAAAGGAAGAUGAGAUAAACGGGCCGAGACAGGAAACACCGCACGAAAGCGCAAUGGCAGAAGCCAUCCAGAGAAAGCUGAGAGCCAUUAAGUACCAGAAGAUUGAGGUUGAAAAACGGGAAGAAACUCUUAAAAGAAAAAGGCAAGUGGAAUGAUGGUAUGAGGAGGGAAUGUUUGUCUUUUUUGAAACUAGACAGAUCUCAGACAUAUCUGGCUUUCCCUUUCCUUUCCUCAGUUAUAGAGUAGCUCGAAAAAGGCAAAGUCACCUUAAUCGUGAUUUUACGUGUAGAUUUAAGGGAUUAACAAAUAUAGACAAGGUCAACUACAAUUUGCAGCUUUUUCCAAGUAUUAUCCGGUUAAAUAAGUUAUCUUUGUUGUAUGAUUAGUACUAAGGUGAGCUGAAAUUUAUGCAACGGCAGGAAAGAAGCUUUACCAGUCUCCCAGACACUAGUUGGGAGCAACUACCAACUAAGCUACGAUGCCACACGCUGGGGGCACGGCACAUUUUAAAGGAUUCUUAUGAUAAUAAACUUUUAGUUCGAUGUUAGCAAUUAUGUUGGUAUCCAUUGUGGUAAAUGUUUUGAUAGAUAUGAUGCACGAUAUGGUGCCAGGCGAACAAUUCAUAUUGAUUGCCUGACUCAGUAUGGUGAGGUAAACGAGAAAACAUCUAUAAAAAGUUUUUUGUUGUUGUUAAAAUCUAUUUCGUUACAAAUGAUGAUAACUAGAUUGUCAAACAUACUUAUCAGAUAAGAUUACUCAAAUGAGAUGUAACCUUACAAUCUAUAAACUCUCUCUUCCUCUAUCAUAAUCAGAACUUGAAUCAAGCAGAAAGCAAGCUGAAGCAGAUAAAAAAGCCAUUGAUGAUCUUGUAUGUGAAAGGGACAUCCUUAACCAGGUA